UGUUGACAUGCGUUCGUCGUGUGUACUAGGUUGUUAGUGUUCGCCUGCUCUUCUCUUGAAAAUGAUUACGCCACGUUUCAAACUCAGCCAGGAUGAUACCUACCUUUUUGUCACGAUUCAUGCUCCGUUCUCUCGAGUAUCAGACGCAGAAAUUUAUAUGGACGGUACUGAUUUUCGCUUUCAUUCAAACCCUUAUUAUGUCCGCCUCAACUUGCCUGGAGAAAUAAUCGAAAACGAUGAAGCGAAAGCACACUUUGAUGCUGACACUAAUGAGUUCAAAAUUACGUGCCCCAAAGUAACGAAGGGAAACUACUUCCAAGGAUUAGAUAUGCUCUCUAGUCUUCUCAAACCCAAGGGAAAGAGAGGAGUUGAAAGCAAAGAUAUAGAAGUCCUUGGUGAAACCUGCACAGAAGAUGACUCGGAAUCAGAUUUUGAUUGGUUUGUGGAACAAAAAAUUGAAACAGAAACAGAUCUAACUUCAAGUAGUUCAAGAUAUGGCUUUGGUGUCAAACACUCUGGGUUGUUUGCCACACUUGCUGAGGAACUACAUGAAGUUGUAGAUGUGAAAAAUCCUGACAACCAAUCAGCAGCAGAAAGGAGAACAGAAAGAUUAGAACAAGAAAAAAUAGAAUUUAACCCAGAACAUUACUUGGCUGAUUUCUUCCAGACAGAUAUGAUUGAUCCACUGAUUCAUUACCAAUUGCCAAGUAGAGUUAGUGAAGAAUGGACAGAAACAGAGACCAAUCUCUUAAAAAAUUUUCCCAAUAAAGACUUCUUAUUGGAUCAUGACCAGUUGCAAUCAACAUAUCUUGGUUUGGUUGAUAUUUUACUAGCAUACUCUUAUGAUACAAGAACUACUAUGUCUGAUCCAACCGUCGAAUCAGCUUGGGCCAUCGCCAAGAUAAGUGGAACUCUAUCUUGGCUAGAGAAUUUCACGUCGAUUCGUCAAGUUGUCGAAUGUUUCUUGCGUAGAAGCCUUUGCUUUCCACUAUUUCGCAAUUUCAAAUUGUCAUUGAAAGCCAUCGAAGAUGCUCGCUGUAUUCUUAAAGAAGGGCGGAUGUCUGUUUUGAGAUGCUUUCUACAAAUCUAUCAGUUAUUCAAUAAAAGUGAUCCCCGGUACCUUCUUAACCAACUAUACAUUCACGACUACUGCAUCUGGAUUCAGAAAUCGAAUGAUGAAACACUGGUUUCCUUAAGUGAAAGUCUGAAAUCGAUGGAAUUAACCAAAGAAGAUGUUGGUUUAAAUCUCGUAGACUUGGAACGGGCUGCAAUCAACCUUAUGUGCAAUAGUGAUGACUCAUCAGAAGAAUCUGAUCUUGAAGAACAAAUGGCACAGUUAUCACUGAAAAAGAAACCCGUGUCAAGCGCUCUCCCGACUGAUUUACAAGUGGCAGCAGAAGCUGCUCGAGUGAUGUCGGAAUCGGAUUCAGAUGAUGUUUCUUCAUCUGAAGAAAGUGACUAAUUAAGCAUCGUGCCUCCCCUCUUGGACAUCCAAUUGUUUAUAUAUUGUGUGAAUAAAUAGUGGAACUCCACAAAAAAUAAUG